UUCCCCCAACCCCACCACUACUCUCUCUCUCUGGGUACCAAAGAGAAGAAGAGAGGGAAAGGGGGAAGGGAAGGCAUCCUCCUAAAAGACAAACCAAACCACCAUUCAUACAACAAUAAUAAACCAUGAGUCCAUGAUUUCCCACCUAGACUGCUCUUGAAUCCCCAAAGUCUUGAAUAAAACUUUCUAAGGAGAGAGAUCAUAAACCUUUGAGAAGAUGAGCAUGAGCUAUUAUGCAGAUAAUACGGGUUUCUGCUUUCAAACACCAACCUUCAUUGAAUGGCUCAAACCUUCAGUCUCUCCCCUUUCAUCAUCAUCAUCAUCAUCUUUUUGCACGAAUACUCAGCAGCAAGCUCAACCUCAGUUCUCAAUCCCCAUGAGCUGCUUACAACUGCCUAUCUUCUAUCAACAACAACAAGAAGAAGAUUUCUUUCAUCAAACUUCCCAGUGCCUCCCUCUUCUAAGCAGGUUUGCUGAGUCUAAGCCCUUGAAAGAAGAGGAAAUUGAAGUGCAAAAGGAUAGUGUUAGUAUUAAAGAUGAGAAGUUAGAGAAGAUUACUGUGGCUUUGCAUAUUGGACUCCCCAAUAUAGAAGAUUCUGAUGAUGAUGAUGAAAUCAAGUCCUUAAGUUGUAAGGAAGACAAGUCCAUGAAUAAAAAUCUUGAAGAUUGUUCAAUAAACACUGAUAGUAGAUUUUGGAUCCCCACACCAGCUCAGAUCCUUAUUGGGCCAACCCAGUUCUCUUGCUCCAUCUGCAACAAGACCUUUAAUAGGUACAACAACAUGCAGAUGCAUAUGUGGGGGCAUGGAGCACAAUAUAGAAAAGGACCAGAAUCGCUUAGAGGAACGCAACCAACAGCAAUGUUGAGGAUUCCUUGCUACUGUUGUGCUCAUGGCUGCAAGAACAACAUCAACCAUCCACGAGCCAAGCCACUGAAAGAUUUCAGAACCCUUCAAACACAUUACAAGAGAAAGCAUGGAGUGAAGCCAUUUAUGUGCAGAAAAUGCAGCAAACCUUUUGCAGUCAGGGGGGAUUGGAGAACACAUGAGAAGAACUGUGGGAAGCUAUGGUUUUGUUCAUGUGGGUCUGAUUUCAAACAUAAGAGAUCACUCAAGGACCACAUAAAAUCCUUUGGAAAGGGUCACUCUCCAUACCCUCCUAAUGAAAAUUUUGAAGAGGAAAAGGAAUGCAUCACUGGAUCAUCGGAAGAUGAAUUGGGUUCUGGAAGACAAUUAUGAUUACUAGUUUGUCUCCUAAUUAAUUAAUUAAUCAUUUUAGUUGUUGGGUAUGAGUUUACUAAGACAUCUAAGCUUGUGCUCAGUAACAAAAGACUCUCAACAAGUGUCUGAUGCAGGAACACAAUGGAGAGAAGUUUGCUACAGACGACAGUUGGGUGAAUAGGAAAUAAUAAUGACUUGAAGCUAGAGUCUGCAAAGUGGCUUGAUCCAGAAAAUGGUUGACAUAUGAACCACUGUCUUGAAGUAGUUGAAUUUUCUUCACCCACCAGAAUUUUUAGUACCUUAAAAUUUCAAGCAUAUUCCAAGGUUAGCUGCUCAGGUGUCUAAAAUCUCUGUAAUGGAGAAAAUUUGUCUACUUCAUUGAUUGUGAGUUUGUAAUAAAUAAAUGAAUCUUUCUUUCUCAAACACCAUCACACUUAAUACUAGCACAUUGUUAUUUGUGACA